AUGGUGCGUGGAAAACUUCACAUCCAAGACGCCGGUACUUUCUAUCGCAGGAAGAAACCCAGCUACGAUCAACUCCAUUUCACACGCUACAAAGCCGCAGAAGAUGGCCUGUUUUACUUCUGGAUUGACAUAUGCUGUAUCAAAAGAUCAGACAGCACAGAGCUGCAGCGUUCGCUGAACUCGAUGUUCUACUGGUACCAGCGUGCCGCCAGAUGCUAUGCGUAUCUUGAGGGCGUGUCGGAGCACGAUAUCACCGAGAAAGAGUACCCAUGGAAGACUGCUUUCUCACGGAGUAAAUGGUUCAAACGUGGCUGGACUCUGCAGGAGCUCACGGCACCGAAGUCGGUCAUGUUUUAUUCAAAGGAAGGGAAGCUACUUGGCGACAAGCGGUCGCUUGCAGAGACUUUGGCUGCAGUUACUGGUAUCCCCACCCCAGCCCUCCUAGGCGCAGACCUCUCUCGCUUUAGCAAACAAGCACGCUUGUCGUGGGCGCACGGCCGCGUGACAAAGAUCCCCGAAGAUGCAGCGUACAUUCUGAUUGGCAUUUUCGGAGCAACACUGCCCAUGUUCUAUGCUGACGGCGACUAUGAAGUCAGGAAACGAGCUGCCUUAGAAGAGCUAGAAUUGACGAUUGAACGAGCUUCCAUCCGGGCUGGAACAAGGCAAGACCUAGUUCGCAUUGGCGGCGCAUCCUGGGACGAUCUGAGGAUGUUGGACAAGGCUCAGUUGGAACAGCUAGAUUGGGAACUCAGCGCCUACGCCGUCUGGCUUUUCGGUGAAGUCGAGUUACCACUGCACAAAUCUCCAACAGCACGCCUGAAGCAUGGAGAGGCCUCGAAAGAUCAGCGGUUUUGGGCGGAACAGAAACUGCGGGUGUUGCUGGCUAAGUUUGGGGUUGACUACGACCAUUCUGCACAUUACAGAAAUUACGAGCAGGAAGAUUCGGAUCUCCGGACAGCGCCCAACAUCGCAAGAGUACAGAGACUGGAAGCAUGGUUGUGGUCCGAUAGCGGCUAG